UAAAGUUUAAACCUAUUUGUUUGUGUAACCACAAGGUGAGGGUAAUGCAUUGCUUGAAAAAUUAAUGAAUGAGACAAAAGGUUACACUCACGGACCAAGUACUUUGAAUGUGUCACUGAUUUUCAAUAUCUCCGUUUGGUGCUGACCAUUACGUAUUAGGAACAUCAAAUCAUGUUACCAAAGUUCGAUCCGGCAAACCAUAAAGCGUGCCUGUCUGUUCUUGAAGAUGUGACCACCAACGCAAAGCAGAUUCAAGAUUCCGUAUUGGAAGCUAUACUUUCGCGUAAUGCUAAAACCGAGUAUCUUAGAGGUUUCCUCAAAGGUAAAUUCGAUAAGCAAAGCUUCAAGAAGAACCUACCAGUAAUUACUUACGAAGAUUAUCGGUCUUAUAUUGAUCGUAUUGCCAAUGGAGAGUCCUUUGAUAUAAUCUGUGAUCGACCCAUCACCGUUCUCUUGGUCAGCUCAGGUACUUCAGGAGGAGUUCCAAAAUUGAUACCUUUGACAGCAGAGGAUAUGGAACAGAGGAAUUUGUUUGUAUCUCUCUAUAGACCUCUACCCUUCAAGCACAUCAAAGGGCUUAGUGAAGGAAAAUCCCUUUUGUUUUAUUUUUUGACCAGAGAAAGUGAGACAGCCUCUAGAAUACCUGUCAGGACUAUGAUCACUUGUGUUUUGAAAAGCGUGACCCCAGCCAACAAAUUUAUCUGGGAGCGAAUACAGAUAAGCCCGAUUGAGAUUGCGACAUGUCCAGACACUACCCAGAGCAUGUACUGCCAACUGCUUUGUGGGCUUAUACAACGAGGAAACGUAUCUCGCCUUGGUGCACCAUUUGCAUCUUCCUUCCUUAAAGUAAUCAACUUCUUGGGAGAUCACUGGAGUGAGUUAUGCUCCAACAUAAAGACAGGCCAUGUCAGCCCCUGGAUAAAAGACGCUCAAUGUCUUUCCGGGAUCAGUAAGUUCCUCUCCGCUCCAAAUCCAGAACUAGCGAGCAUUAUCGAGAAAGAAUGCAGUAAAACAUCAUGGGAGGCUAUAGUGAGGAGACUAUGGCCAAAUGCAAAAUGCAUUGAAGCUGUAGUUACCGGAUCCAUGUCACAGUAUAUACCAAUGCUAGAGUUCUAUGGUGGUGGUCUUCCUGUGAUUUCAUUGUUUUAUGGCAGCUCUGAAUGUUUAUUUGGUCUCAAUGUAAAUCCUCUGUGCAAGCCUUGUGAUGUGUCUUACACCACCGUUCCAAGUAUGGCAUACUUCGAGUUCUUAGAGGUUAAGAAAGAUCAAGAAGCUGGUCAUGAUCCCUUAGUGAACCCUGUGGUCAUUGAUCUUGUCGAUGUUAAAGUUGGCCAUGAUUAUGAACCUGUUGUCACAACUUUCUCUGGUCUGUAUAGGUACCGUUUGGGAGAUGUUUUACGAGUAACGGGUUUUUACAACAACGCGCCACAAUUUCAUUUCGUGGGAAGAAAUAAGGUUGUUCUGAGCAUCGACAUGGACAAGACCUACGAAGAAGAUCUCCUCAAUGCGGUUACAAACGCUAAGCUCCUCCUGGAGCCACAUGACUUUGUGCUCAUCGAUUUCACUAGCCGCGUGGACUUCUCCUCGUACCCAGGACACUACGUGCUCUACUGGGAACUCGGGAGCAAAGUCAAGGACAAGAAGAUCGAGCCCGAGCGGAAGGUUUUGGAGGAAUGCUGCUUCACCGUUGAGGAGUCUCUAGACUCGGUGUACAGAAAAGGACGAAAGAAUGAUAAGAACAUUGGACCACUUGAGAUCAAGGUUGUUAGGAGAGGUGCGUUCGACGAGCUCAUGAGCUUCUUCGUGUCUCGAGGUACUUCUGUGAGUCAGUACAAGACGCCAAGAUCAGUGAAGAAUGAAGAAGCCUUGAAGAUAUUGGAGGCGACCGUUGUUUCCAAGUCUUUCAGCCGGAAAGUUCCGUCUUGGGAGCUACAUGAGCUGCAUUCCAGUCGAUAGUUAAAACCACCAUAUUACUUUCACGUGUGGAGGAAUAAUAAAUAACAAAUAUGUAAACUGAAUACAAUAAGUCCAUCACAGUCGUCGAGUUAUGUUUUAUAACUCGUCUUUUGUUUUUCUGUUGUAAUUGAUGAUUUUUAUAAAGAGUAAUCCCAUUGCUAAGAACCCUAAUGACUACCAUAUUUUAUGAAAGAAAAAGUAUGUGAUUAGAAGAAAAAGUAUUUCUUAAUAUUUAAUAGCAUUAUUUGAAUUUCAGUUUCUACAUUUCCUUUGUUUAAUGUCUUCUGAAUACAUUUUCUGAAUAGUUGCAUUACUUGUUUGAUGUUUUCUGAAUAGUAGUUCUCUGCUUAUUGCGCCUUUUAAACCCUGUCUCGAUUGUAUGAUUGUAUGUUUGUUGUGUGGUUUUUGCUUUGAACUCAUGGGUGGUUUAGCUAUCGAUUAGAUCAUGUUCAAUUCUGCUUUCAAACUAAUAAAAAAAUUACUAUAUAGUUUGACAAAUUUUUUUUUAUUAUAUCUUAAAACCUUAUUCAUUUAAAAGAAUUGGUAAUAUUUUCCAUCUGAAUAUUAAAAUUCUUAGACUCAUUGUUAACCACUCAGAGCAUCUUUAACGGGGUAGCUUAGGAAGAGAAUGCUUAGAAAAAAUUAGUUUAAUAGUGAGCUCCAUCCAGAAAGUAACAGGCUAACAGCUGAUGCUUGAUGCUCCCAGAUAAGCGUUGAAUUAUGUGGGUUGUUUGUACUGUUCACGGGCCGGAUGCUCU